GGCAAGCGUUAGUUAGCAUUUUUGUUUUUUGGGUUUUUGUAAUUUUGCAUUUGUAAAGCCUAAAAUAUCUUUUUAAAUAUUUAAAAAUGUUCCGCAACCAGUAUGACAGUGAUGUGACAGUAUGGAGUCCCCAAGGUCGUCUUCACCAGGUAGAAUAUGCCAUGGAGGCGGUGAAGCUGGGCUCAGCAACGGUUGGCCUGAAGAACAAAGACUUUGCUUUGUUGAUAGCUUUAAAGCGGGCCGUUAGUGAGUUGUCAGCUUACCAAAAGAAGAUUAUUCCUAUUGAUGACCAUAUUGGAAUUUCCAUUUCCGGUCUUACAGCUGAUGCUCGUAUGCUCAGUCGUUACAUGAGAACAGAGUGCCUGAAUCACCGCUACUCCCAUGAUGCACCCAUGCCUGUUGGGAGACUGAUUUCGAUGGUUGGCAAUAAAAUGCAAAUAUGCACCCAGAGGUACGACAAGAGACCCCUUGGUGUCGGAUUACUUGUAGCUGGUUAUGAUGACCAAGGACCGCACAUUUACCAGACUUGUCCGUCCGCUAACUUCUUCGACUGCCGCGCCAUGGCCAUCGGCGCACGCUCACAGUCAGCUCGUACGUACCUGGAGAAACAUCUCAACACCUUCGCCGACUGUGAUCUCCAGGAAUUAGUGGCGCAUGGAUUGAGAGCUUUGAGGGACACACUGCCCAAUGAAGUAGAUCUUAAUACCAAGAACGUGUCCAUCGCUAUAGUGGGUCCGAAGACGCCUCUGCGCGUGUGCGACGAGACGGAGUUGGCGCGGUACCUCUCCCUGGUGGAGGGUGAGGAGCGGCGCGGCGGAGGCGCGGCCGCCAGCGAAGGCGCGGGGGGCACGGGGGAACCCGCGGGGGAAGACCGCCCGGAGCCCCAGCCGCAGGUGGCGAUGGACACGGAGUAACCAUUCGACUGCAGGACAUAGAAGGUGCGGGUGACGUCAUAGCCACCUCUGAUGUCACUGUCAAUAUGGAGACACUAAAGACCUGUGUGUACCUUCUUAUUAAUGCCGUCUUGGUACUACCUUCUUCCUUCUGUCUUCAAAACGGUUGCCAAGGCCAGUACUUAGAGUCACUUAUACGUUGUUUUCAACCUACUUGACUUACUAAAAUGACCUUAAAAAAUGA